AUGACCCUGCGCUUUCUUCGAGACCAUUGCAAGGGGUUCCACGAUGAAUAUGAUCCGACGAUCGAAGAUUCGUACUGCAAGCAUGUUGAGGUGGAUGGACAAGAAUAUACUCUUGACAUUAUUGAUACUGCGGGCCAGCAUGAGUACCGGGGUCAUUGGAACGACCAAUUCAUGCGGGCAGGGGAUGGAUUUAUUUGUGUGUAUUCGAUCGCAUCGAUGGGGUCGUUUAAUGAACUGGCGGUUUUCCGGAACCAGAUCUGGCAGGCCAAGGAGUCGGAAAAUGUACCGAUGAUCGUGGCGGCGAACAAGAAUGAUUUGGACGAUGCCCGACAGGUCGCUAGUGAGAUUGGUAUGGAAUUUGCAUGUCUCUCCAAUGCGUCCUACAUCGAGACCAGGUAA